CCUGAAGGACAACAGCGGAGGAUUCAAACGGAACAUGGCUGCGGGUAAAGAUGUUGACGAAAACACGCACAGUAGAAGAGGAACAGUGUGCAGUAUGGUGAUCAAUCAUGAGGAAUCACCGGGCGGCUCUCGCGCUGGCCGACCACCAGUCAUCUUCAACCCGGACUUCUUUGUGGAAAAACUCCGCCAUGAGAACCCCGAUGUUUUCCUGGAACUGGUGCUCAGUAACAUCACUCGCCUUAUUGAUCUUCCCGGGACAGAGUUCGCACAGCUCCUUGGCGAGGAAAGCCCUAAGACCCCGACGGGGGGAAAUGGAGGCUUCUUUCGCUCUUUCAACUUCCUCAAGCGCAAAGAUAAAGGUGUUGUCUUUGGAACCCCACUGACAGAGAGCUGCAUUGCCCAGAUCUACCAGCUCAUUGAGUACCUCAGCAAAAAUCUGCACGUUGAGGGUCUAUUUCGGGUGCCGGGGAACAGUGUUCGGCAGCAGACCCUGAAGGAGCUCCUCAACAGCGGGGUCGACGUCGACCUGAGGUGUGGAGACUUCCACCCCAAUGACGUGGCCACGCUGCUCAAGACUUUCCUGGGAGAGCUGCCCGAGCCCCUGCUCACACACAGACACUUCCACGCACACCUUAAGAUAGCUGAUAUGACUCUGUUUGACGAACACGGCAACAAGACAGCGAUACCCAACAAGGAGCGUCAAAUAGAGGCCCUGCAGCUUCUCUUCCUGCUGCUACCUCAGGCCAACCGUUCACUGCUCAAACUGCUGCUGGACCUGCUCUACCACACUGCCAGGCAGCAGGACAAGAACAAGAUGUCCGCCUCCAACCUGGCGCUCAUGUUUGCGCCGCAUGUCGUCUGGCCCAGACAUAUGACAGCCACUGACCUGAAAGACAAUCUGAAGAAACUGAACAACAGCAUGGCCUUCCUCAUCAAACACUCGCAGAAACUCUUCAGGGCUCCAGUCUACCUGCGGGAAUAUGCCAGAAUGCACUUCACUGGGACCAAAACUCUGCAGACCAAGGACGAUCUGGAGCUGCUGGCGGCGAGCAGCUCCCCGGCUCAGCGGACGGCGCUGCCCCUGAAGAGGACGGGUUCGGGGGCCAGCUCUCAGGAGCAGUGCCAAUCACCGGCUCAGCAAUACACAGAAGAGGCUCUGAAGGAGCUCUUCAGACACGUCCACCACAACAUGCCGGACUCCGCCAAGAAGAAGAAACUCGUCCGACAGUUAGUCAAGCAGACGACCUCAGGGACGCCGACUAAUGAGAACCACCAGGCGCCUCCGGCUCCCGGCAAGAAACAUCCGCGGUCCCGCUCCUUUGGUGGCCUCAUCAAGCGCAAAGCUCGCGGUGAGCAGCUGACAGCGGAGAGGCGGGUCCGCCACAUCUCCCCUGAUAUCGUCACCAGGGCAGGAAGGAAACCCGGAAAAGAGAACGUCAUCCUGCAAGGGGUGAACAGCCCACUGAAUGGUCAUGUGUUGGGGAAAGCUGGACUGGUGGUAAAAAACCCAGACUUCACUUUCAAGAAGGACAAAGCUCUGAAGGUUUCCAAGGACUCUCUCUGUGUGACCAGGAUGUGUUUCUCUCCUUCUCAGGAGAUCUCACUGUAAUAAAAACUCCUCCUCGUCUCGGACGGGACUUGCUUGGGCAGUAUUAAUGUAAUUAUUCCUCCUGUUUAUCAUCGUAGUACGUCUAUUAUUUUUUUUACUGUGACUAAAAUACAGCAGCUUUUAGCCGCCGCCAGAGCGACCAAACCAAAGGCAGGAACUCGCCGCUGGACAUCCGUCAAGAUGUGAGUUUGACAAACUGCUACCGUGUGUGAAUAAAUCCUCCAGAUGGUCUCAAUGUAAUAUUGAAUCUGCUCCGAUUCACACGAAACAGUUAUGACCUCGAUAGGAUAUCUAAUAAGCUAAAUCAGUUUUUUUUUUAUUUACAGAAAUGCCUCCAAAAUAUUCCCUCUCAUUGCCGUUGAUUUAUUAUUUAGCCUUCAGAUAAUAAAAUGAUGUAUCAAUAUGGAGAAUAUUUUUUUAACGCCUGAUUCAGUUAAGUUAUAAUAAUUGAUCAGCCACACUUUUUCUUAAACAAUGCCCAAAAAAGGCAUUUGGUUUGUGAGAAUAUGAGUCGCACCAGAAUGCAAAUUUCUCUUUUUAAUAGCCCUCUUAAUUUUUUUUUUACCAAAUGAAUUCUGGUGUCUAUGGUACAUUGGAAUCUUUCUGCCAGCAGAAUUUAUUUUAUUUUUUUUAUUUGAAUCAGAGAUGAUUCUUUUAUUUUGGUGAAUGGGUGUCAGUAGAUACAAUAAUUACGUUAAAUAACCUCGAUAUAACAGAACCAUCUAGGACCUAAAUGAUCUGCUGAAACAUCAUGUUUUAACUGCUAAAGCAUUAUAAAAAAAAAAUGUCUAAUAAAGUCUAAACUUUGGGGCCGAUUCUUAGCUCUACCUUAAUGUGAAUAACCUAAAAGCAAACAGUAAGCAGGGCCUUUGCUUUGGUUUGGCUUCACUUGAAACUUGUUUUAGUAGCUACUGUAUCAGAACCUAUGACCACUAACAGUCUGCUGUAGAGUGUGGGACACGUAUACAUGUUGUACAGGUUGCUGUUGUCUUUAUUUAGGAAUGGGGAUGUUGUGUUUUUUUUGGUACGAUGUGUUGUAACUCUUUCGUUAUCUGAUGAUUAUUUCUCCUUGUUGUGCUGCUGAUGCAGAAUCAGAGAGCAGGUCACUUUAUUUUUCCAAUCCUUCAUCCUGAAAUGAAAAACAGGAUUUCCUUGAUGAUCUCCUUUUUCAUCAUAAACAAUACAUGUUUAAUACAUAUUAUUUUACUUUAACUUUUUUCUUCAGCUGGAUGAUGGAAGGGGUCACGUGGUGGGAAGAUUUGUUGUGUUGAUGGUUUAAAUGAAAGUUUCCUUUUUGUAUGAAUUUACGCUGGUUGGAAUGAGCAGAAAUCUGUUGCAGUCAGCUCCUCAUGUGCUCUCGUAUAUCUGAGGAGAACCGUGUUAAGAGGAGGCCACUCUUGGUAAAACACGAGUCUGAGUAAAGUAAGAAAGGAACUUAAAGUCAGGCAGUGUCACCUGUUUCUGUUUUAUUUACAUUAUGAUAAAACUUAAUCCUGUUACAGUUAUUAAUGUGGAAUUUAAUGCGCAUCGUCCCGAACUAUUUAAUCGGGUUAGACGCAGAAAGCGACUUGUUUUUAAGAUUGUUUGUGCGAGUAAAGGGUCGUAAUUUUACGGGAGGAAUGUAACAAUCUCAGCAUAAAGGUCUAGUAUGUCUAAUCUAAUAAAAUCUAACUAAAUACAGUCUAAAAUUACAAAAAUCGUGAUUCAAAUCUGAAUAUAUCUCAAAAAGAACAAGUACGUAAAAAGUGACAAAAAAACACUGAUGCAUUGUCAUUUUUGUGUGUUUUCAAAAAGUGAAAAUUUACUUAAUGCCCCCUUUUUUAAAUAUUUGGGACUUUUUUCCCCCUGUUCCUUCAGCUUUACUCUUCUCGGUUUGACUUAUCUGACUUCUGCUCAGUCUGUUGUGUAGCGUGGGACGGAUGCACCAGAACCAGUAUGUGUUACUGCUGCAUCCUGUUUUUGAGAGUGUCGCGGACGUCGUAACGAUGGGUUUGUUGAAAGUGAUUGACCGUGACUGACAUGUCACUAUGACACCUUACCUCUU